GCUCAUUCCACUGUAGCCAGUCGUCAUAUAUGGAGUGUUCCAGUGACAACUGCCUGUUUUACUAGUUUGUGGAUAUCUCGCCUACCUUCACCAAUUCUGCCAUGUCACCGCUCUCGGGAACCAGUUCCUCCGAGGAGGAGCUCGAACACGGCCAACCGAAGGAAGACGGCUCCGUUGGUGUGGUUGUGGAACCCAUAAGCAUCACCACAAGCACACCAGUUGCAGCGAGCAGCACCAAGUCCAAAGAUGGCACCUUGAAACGGAUGCUGCAAAUGGUCUUGGAAGCGGUACGGAAGGUACCUUCAGAAAACCAAGUGAAGGGUAUCUCGAUCCAAAAGAUCAAGACGUACCUUAAGGAGAAACACGGCGUACGAAAGAAGGAACUCAAGGACCAGCUCCGACCGACGUUGGAAAGUGCCAUCAAGCGAAAGAUGUUGCUGAAGACCGCAGGUCGGGCCAGCGUGCUUAUCGGAUCGGUGAAGCUGAAUCCGGCUUAUCGUGAAGCGCAGGGAAAGAAUUCGAGCUCUACGGAAGAAUCCGGCAGCUCUGGUGACGAACCUGCCGUCGAAGAGAAGCGGGUCGAAACUAAAAAACGGAAGGCAGUCAAAGAACCGGAGGCACAAGGAGGAAUCAACAAACGGCGAAAGUAGUGCUGGACGUGGGAGUGAUUCGAUGAUUUUGUGAAUGGUUUCCAAAACUUCCACAGAGAAGGAAGAUUUCGAGAAGCUAUUGUUUUAGGUUAAUGCAAAGUUUGGAUACCAAAUGUGUUUAUGACGUAUUUGAUUUUUUUUUCUUAAAAUGUAAAUAACGUAAAAUAAUCGUUGAAUAGUUUUCCAUGGUUUUCUGCUACUUACUGAAGCAUUAUAAUAUAGUUCGCGACAAGCCAAACAAAAUAUAUAUAUUUCAUAAAUGUUCAACUAAAUAGUUGUCAAAUGUUAUUGGUAACUUAAUAAACUAGAACAAGUCUCUCCUACUCUGAACCGUAAACAUGCAAAGAAAACUUUAUUUAGAAACUAUAGGCUAAUUUGAACCAAUGACGUUUGUAUAAGGUCCG